GGAAUAAUGAUCAAAGAAGAGGAAUUGCCCUGUACCCAUUCAGGGGGAACAUAACUCAUAAAUUGAGGGGGAAUUCCUAGGCAUCUGCUGAGGGGGAACACAUACCCCAACUUUUAUGAACAGUCACUUGCUCAUCUACUCAAAUUCCGAGCAACAAACUAAGCAGGCGACUGACUUUCACCACAGCAGGUGACUGCCCACAAGCCCACUGCUACAACUUCUUGAAAUAUUUCUGUAACUCGGCAGGAUGAAUACCAAACGAGCCCACAGGAUAAUUAGGCUACAAAGAAAUGAUUUCUGAAAUACUACUUAUUCUCCCAAGAGUAUUCUAUGCGUCACUUGGAAACUAGUUAACCCCAAAUGAAAAAAUCUUGAAACCAGAUGACUUGACUAACUCUGAGGAUCAGGUGGGAUUUGUUCAAUAAAAACAAAUCAAUAUGGCAGAGACCGGUCAAAGUUCUGGAUAACAGAAGGAGACGUUCAAGAGGAGGAUUAGUCAUGAAUGACCAGAAACUCUAGAAAGAAGAAAAGGAGUAAGUAUUCGAGCAAAUGGCUCAGCAGGUGACUGGCUACCAGCCUACUGCUACUUAUAAAGGUAGGAAUUGGAUACAUAUACUUUUUCAAAAAGGAGAGAAAGGACUAGAAAGAAGGAAAGCAAACGGAGGUAAAGACACUGGUUCAAGAUUUCAUGCAGGUGACUGCCAGCAGGUGACUGCCUCUGGAGCAGGCCCCUGCCUCAGACCAGCAGUUGGCUCAAUUUCUGACAAAUGAACAAGGAAUCUCAGCCCACAGCUUAUAUCAUCUUGAUCACCUCAUAUCAAGGAUUCCAGAAAGGUGCCUAUUGUUCUCAGAAAUCAUCAAAAAUCUACUCAGAAAUGAGCCCCCUGCUACCUGUGUGAACACAGUUAAUGCUGAAAGGCCAGCCGUAUUCUCCAACAGCUAUAUUCCAACGGCUAGUUCCCGAUAGCCUAUAAAUUCGUCCUCCGUACAAUUCCUCUCACUUUUCACAUUGCAAUCUCUCUCUUACUCUUUCUAACUUGUUCUAAAGCUCUCAAAUCACUCUAAAAAGCCUUCACCACUUCUACUCAAAUACUCCUUCCCAACUCACCACUCAAGAACAAAUGGCCUCCCUCGUACAAAUUGCCAAGUCCAUUUUCACCGGUUCAAUCCUAAACACCCCGAAAAUCAUUGAAAAAGCUGAGAACACUUACCUCAUGAAGGAGCUCCUAAGGAAGCUAAAUACAACGGGGCUUAUGAAAAUGGCUACCUACCGGUACACCUGCUACUAUCCCGAAAUAGUAGCAUAGUUCUACAUCAAUUCCACAUCCAAGACACUAAAAUCCAUUGUGCUUGGAGUCGAAGUGGAGAUCAAAGAGGAAGACAUCAGGCAACUGCUAUCUGUUCCUGGAGAUGAAGCCCCAGAGGUACCGGACCUCAUAACAGACGAGGAAGGCUUCAAGGAAACAGUGUUCCUCCCAGAAGCUCAAACCCUCAACACUCCAAGGUCAAAAAGAAACUGAUGGUCACAGAAUAUGCACUUCUCAUGGACAUCAUCUACAAAUGCAUUGACAACCGAACAACUGCAUUGGACGAAAUGAACGCACAAAGGGCACCUGCAAUGGCCGCGAUCAUCUCUGGGACGCCACACAACUGGACCAGGUACGUUUUCAAAGAACUUGUGAGAUAUGUCAACAAAUCUCACAAGGAUAGAAAGGAAGAUGGUACCCUACCAUUGCUAGGGUAUGGGUUCCUAAUUGAGGAAAUUCUCAAAAGAAAGGGGAUCAUAGGAAAAGUCAAAGAAGAAACCAUCUGGAGGAAAUUCCUACAUCAAACCUCAAAGGCAGGAGCCCCCGUGAUUCAAAAAGAAGACCCCACUCUUCACUCUCAUCAACCUCUCCAAAUGGAAUUCACAAGGAUCAAAACCAAGCUAGCUAAAAGACCACGCUCUGGGUGUCUAGAAGCCAAAUCUAAGCGGCCAAAAACAGCUACAAGAAAUCUCCCGGUAGAACUAGAAGAGGCAGCCUCAUCGUUUCAUCCUGAGGAAGCAGUUGCCUCAUCCUUAGCCAUAGUUCAAGAGGAAGCAGAGGCCUCUGCCGGUUCCUCAAAUGGAAGCAACAACUCUGCACUCCCACUUUCCAUACACAUUCCAAGCAUAACUCAACAAGAAGAGCAAGUGGCUCUCUUACUAGAGCAGGUGGCUCACCUACAAACUGAACAAACCACUCAUCAAGAGAGCAUGUGGCUCCCCCAGAGCCAGAGCAGAGUCCUCCUUCACCAGCAGUGGAGUCACUUAGAAUGACUCCCUUAGAGCAAUUGGAUGCAGAUUUUGCAAGGGUCAAAGCAUGGCGCUCCUGGAAGCUAUCGAGGAUCCUUCUUCAAGCAGACACAUUCUCUCAUUUCAUAGAGGAAGAGGACUUCGUUGUGGAGUGGAUUGGCACUGAGGACAUGGCUGAGGCUACAAGACUUCACACGAUCAACCAAGUGUACGCAUUAAAGAAAAAGAACCUCACAGCCAAAGAUACGAUCGAAGACUCAGAUAAUGAUGACCUGGAUGAUGAUAAUGAUGAUAAUGGUGACAACGCACCCAAGGGACCGCCAAAAUCAAGAGGUAAGCAAACCGUUCACUCCUCCUCUAGUGAUAAACAACUCGGACAGACUCUUGAGAAAUCAAGGUUGGAGACUAAAGGAGGUGGGGAAUCCUCUAAGGCACCCCAGAAACUGUUGGUUGCUACUAUCCAACAGGGGACUGCUAUGAUAGAUCUCAACUUGGAACCCCACCAAGAUACAAUUCCUGAGAAGCCUGCCACGUCCAACGAAAUUAAAAACCAAAUUCAGCAUGAGGAUGAAGAAGACACUCCAACACUAGCAGAAGUCUUCAUCAAUGAAAGAAGAGCAACCACAAAAUUCAUUAGCAAUGCUGAGGUACGCCUCCACAAGAGACUGAUCAAAAUGAAGAAGCAUUUUGAUGAGCUGCUAGAAAUGAGGUUCGCUGAAGUACACUGCCAUCUAAAAAGCAAUUUGAUGAUACAACAAGUAUUCAACUCAGAGCAGAAAGCUCAGCUCAACAUUCACCUCUCAAACCAACCAGCACAGAUGGAGGCACUUCACAACGAACUUGAAGCCUUGAAAGCCCGGGAUGAAGAGCUGGAAAAUCAGAUUGUUCACUCACUGAAGGAGCUAAGGGAAAAAGAACUAGCAGUGGCCUCCCAAGCAGCAGAGCCCUCGGCCCAGGUACCUCCUACCAUUUCUUUACCUCCUAACCUUGAGCAGGCCCUUAAGACCAUUCAAGACCAUGAGGAAUUCAUCCAAAACAUAAAAACAAAGGAGCUUCCAGCAAUGCUCAAGCUCUCUCAGACGGUUGUAACAAAGCAAAUCGAGCACUCAAAUGCCAUUGGACAAACUCGAGCAGACAUGGCAUCCAACCUCAACUCCCUACACCAAACAACUCAAAAGGAAUUCCUACAGCAUGGAAGUGACCUUCAGAGACUGGGACAAAACUUGGAAACCACUCACCAACGGCUUCAAAACCUGGAAAAUGAAGUCAGGGAUGAAGUAAAGACUGACAUUUUGGACAUCAACAAUCACAUCAAGGCCCUAUCCAUUCAAGUCUAUGGACUCAAUCCAAUAAGGAGAACAGCUGAUGACAUUGAUGAUGACAUUGAGGAUCUUUUUGAUGAAAGCUACAUCCCUGAUGCUGCCAAAAAGGGGGGAAACACAACACAAGCAGGCACCUCUUCUACAAAGUCUCUGGCAGCCAAGAAAGCAGCUGAAACCAGGAAGAAGAACAAGCUCUACAAGGAAGAAGCAGAAAUCAGAAAAAGAAAAGCAGAAGAGGCCAAAGCCAAGGAAGAAGCCAAGAAGAAACAAGAAGACAAGCAAGAGUAGGCUAGAUAUUAAAAGUCCGAAAAAGACUAUAAACUAUUGUACUCUAGAAAGUAGAGCAAUGUACAAAAAUUUCAAAGAAAAUCAAUAAAAAUAUUUGUUACUUGUGUUGUAUAGUUUUGGCAUCAUCAAAAAGGGGGAAAUUGUUAGUACCCAAUUUUGAUAAGAUUUUGAUGAUGCCACUAUACUUAGCACGUGUACAUUGUGCCUCAUUUUAUUCUAGUAUUUACGUGACAAAUUAAAUGUACAACUUUUGAGUCUAAGAAAUAUUACCGGAAAAGUAAAAAUGCAAUAAGGUAAAUUCUCUUUACCUUUAUAUGAUAGUUGAAUCCUACCGGCAAAUACUAUUUGACUCAAAAAGUUUUCGUAUGUCACAUUUUUAGAUAAAAGAAAUGUAUCAAGUGAAUGAUUGAGAGACAAACAUUGACCGGCAAUCAAUGCCAUAAACGUACUGGGUCCACGACAUGGGACGCACAAUGAAACUGUGGAGAGAAAAACUUCAGCGGGUGAAUUAUUCAAAGACAAAUGCAUCAGCCUGAAUUAAAGCUCCAGCACAAAAAGACGGAAGUACAAUUUGUCUUUGCCAGAAGUUCAACGGUAGAGAUCAAUUUAUCCUAACCAACGGAUAAGAUUGAUCAGCCAAAAAGCCUAUAAAUAGAGGCUGAAACGAAAGUUUCUAACCAAGCCUGAGCAUCCUAAGUAGAGAGAUAUUUCACUGAGCAAGAAGUGCUAUUCUAUCCACGACUCUCUGCUUAGUCUCUUGCUUCACUAAACUUCUCAGUAUCAAGUCUUCAUUGCCAAAAUCAUAGAAGUUUAGUUCCUAGUUGGACGUUAGAACUUUCUUGUAAUCACAACCAGAAAUUGUUGUAAACACUUCAGGAGGACAAUUGUUCCCGGCCUGAGUGUGGUUAGAUAGGUUAGGAGUACCUUUUGAUCCCCACUGGAUCAAUUGAGAAAAACCUAAAGGAUUGAGUAGCUUGGAGUGGUGUUGUACUCCUCGUGAAACACCUUCAAUCUAGGCCAGAGUUGUCAAGGCUAGAUUGGCGCUAAGUGUAUUGGGCUUAAUACAUUAGUGAAAUCCAUUUGAAAUAGGAUGGGACUGGAUGUAGGAGGAUUACACCACCUCUGAACCAGGAUAUAUCGUGUGUUGAUUUCCUUAGUCAACAAAGCACACACCCAACACUUCUCGUAUAAGAAAUUGUAGUUUGCCAACAGCAUUUUAAGCAGUUGUCUUAACUCACCCAACUGCUUAUCCUACUGCUUAAUCACUCACCUUUUCUUGAGAUAACCCUUUCACAAGAGCUUCGCAGCAUCACUAUCUGAAGGCACACUUUGCCGGAAAUCACUUCUCUUACUGAACCAGGUGGCUCAGCAGUUCCCUGGUUUCACUCAACUGCUGAGACCUCUACUUAGGCAAAAACACCUUAAAAUUCUCAAGCUCAGUAUCCAAUCAGGAAGCCCUCAUCACACUAUACAAGGUCACAUAAUCACUAGAAGAGUCGCUCUUUCAAAUUCCAGGAACUCACUCUUCAAGUAUAGCAGAGACCUCGGCAGUCCCCUGGUGACCACACAACUGCUGAGCCCUCUGCUUAUACAAACUUACUUCCUGUGAACAUCUCAAGUAUCAUCACAGUCUCAUAACAUCUCUAGUAAGAAGGCAGUCUGAGCCAAGCUACGAAUCCCAGUUUAUAAUACAAGCAGGUGACUCAUCAGUUACCUCAGUACCACCCAACUGCUGAGACCACUGUUGAAAUACAGCUGUAGCUUCCUUUCAACUAAAGGAUAUUGUCCUACUGCCUUCAGCAUUCUAAACAAUAUUCCAUCAUCAUCUUUAUCAUAAAGUAUGUAUUUGUCUAGCAGUUGCCUCAGCAGUUCCCUACUACAUAGCCAACUGCUAAGCCAACUGCCAAGCCAACUGCUAGCUAUCUAAGUCCAAUCUUCCUCAGAUCAGAAAGUGGUUAAAACACUCAUUAUAUAAAGGGUAAAGACUUCCUCUGUGCAUCUAUUAAUCUCUCAAAAGAUUAUAGAUCAACUCCUCUAGAGGGAAAUCUUUGUAAAGGUCAAAAAGAUUUAAAAGUCUAUUCACCCCCCCCCCCCCCCCUCUAGACUUUUACCCUAUCCGGGACCAUCAGUACGGUACAGUACAAUACAGUACAGUACAAUACAGUAUAGUAUAGUAUAGUACGCUACUUAUCUUCCGACCUUUCAGUCCCACCCCUGGCCGGCCUCUUAAACGUGCAACAGGUCUUCCCCCUUCGAUCUGGUAUCCAUCUGGGCAACACUCCGUCGAUAACAAUGAGUGGGGUCACCGGCAUUUCUUCUCCUUCUCAUUUCUCGCCCUGUCCUCCGCCGCCGCACUGUCGCCAUCGCUCCUCUUCUCCUCCAUCGUUGGAGCUGAAAUCGAUUAGCGACACAUAUUUGUCCUCCAUGGCCGUCGUGUUGUCUGCAUCGUUCCUUCUCAGAUUCAAUCUCAAAAUCGCUAAAAUCAGAUUGAAAGGGCGAUAUUGGGGAAGAAUGAAAUCCUAGUGAUAGAGUAUUUAUUCUAGAGAGAAGGGAGAGCUAGAGAGAGAAGUGAGUUGUAUUAAUGAUUUUUUGAAC